AUGUCUCUCUCCAACAAGCUCAACAUUACCGAUGUCGACCUCAAGGACAAGCGUGUCCUGAUUCGGGUCGACUUCAACGUCCCCCUCGACGCAGACAAGAAAAUCACCAACAACCAGCGCAUUGUCGGCGCUCUUCCCACCAUCAAGUAUGCCAUUGACAACGGUGCCAAGGCCGUCAUCCUGAUGUCCCACCUGGGCCGUCCCGACGGCAAGGUCAACCCCAAGUACAGCCUCAAGCCUGUUGUUGCGGAGCUUGAGACGCUGCUGGGCGGUAAGAGCGUCAUCUUCACCGAGGACUGCAUUGGCCCCCAGACUGAGGAGACCGUCAACAAGGCCACCGGUGGCCAAGUCAUCCUGCUGGAGAACUUGCGCUUCCACGCCGAGGAGGAAGGUUCUUCCAAGGAUGCCGAGGGCAAGAAGGUCAAGGCCGAUAAGGAGAAGGUUGCUGAGUUCCGCAAGGGCCUGACUGCCCUGGGUGACAUCUACAUCAACGACGCUUUCGGCACUGCCCACCGCGGCCACAGCUCCAUGGUUGGCGUCGAUCUUCCCCAGAAAGCCGCGGGCUUCCUCGUGAAGAAGGAGCUGGAGUACUUCGCCAAGGCUCUCGAGAACCCCCAGCGCCCCUUCCUCGCCAUCCUGGGCGGUGCCAAGGUCUCCGACAAGAUCCAGCUGAUUGACAACCUACUCCCUAAGGUCAACAGCCUGAUCAUCACCGGCGGCAUGGCCUUCACCUUCAAGAAGACCCUUGAGAACGUGAAGAUUGGCAACUCACUCUUCGACGAGGCCGGCAGCAAGAUCGUCGCAGAUAUCGUCGAGAAGGCCAAGAAGAACAACGUCGAGAUCGUCCUCCCCGUCGACUACGUGACCGCCGACAAGUUCUCCGCCGAUGCCACUGUCGGCGCUGCCACCGAUGCCACCGGCAUUCCCGACGGCUACAUGGGUCUGGACGUCGGCCCCAAGUCCGUCGAGACAUACGAGGAGGUUAUCGGCAAGGCCAAGACCAUCCUCUGGAACGGCCCCCCGAAGACCCUCGCCGCCGCCGUCAAGGCUGCCCAGUCCGGCUCCAUCGUGAUCAUCGGUGGUGGUGACACCGCUACCGUUGCCGCCAAGUACGGCGUCGAGGACAAGCUCUCUCACGUCUCGACCGGUGGCGGCGCCUCGCUCGAGCUCCUUGAGGGCAAGGAGCUGCCCGGUGUGGCUGCUCUGUCCAGUAAGUAA